GAAAUUAUGUCAUUGUCUGAGCAUGCGCAGCUUUGUAAACUUCCGACAUGUGUUUGAGUUGUUUCUCUUUCAUUAAGCUACACUAGCUGAAGCAGUACCAAGACAACAAUUAGAAGAAGAGUGUGGCUAAAAUGGCCACAUAUUGGAAAUCACAACCAAAAAAGUUUUGUGACUUCUGCAAAUGCUGGAUUACAGACAAUAAACCAAGUGUUGACUUUCAUGAAAAAGGAAAAAAGCAUCAAGAAAAUGUAAAAAGGAAAAUUGAUGAGGUGAGGAGGAAAAGUACCAAAGAUGCUGAGAAAAAGGAAGAGGCAGCAGAAGACUUCAGGAAGAUGGAGGAGGCUGCACUGGAGGCCUUUAAGAAAGACCUCGCAGAGAACCCAGAGUUAGCAGCACAGUACAGUGCAAAGAUAAAGGCAGCUAAAGAAAAACAAAAUGAAGGAAAGGAAGAACUUGAGAAAGAACAAAAAUCUGAAGGAGAAGAAGAAGAAGAAGAAUCUACACCUGAAGAUGCCGGUGAAUGGUUAGAGGCAACAUCUCCCGAGGGCUACUCCUAUUACUGGCAUACCAUCACACAGGAGCCAGUAUGGGUGGCACCAGAAAAAUUUGUAUCACUGGAAGAACAAAAGAAAAGGGAGGAGAAAAAGGCUAAAGAAGAAAGCGGCCAGCUGAUGGCUGCCGAGGAGAAUCCUGUAGAACCAGAGUAUACCUCAGCCUCAAACAUUGACACAGAAACAUUACUUGGUAUGAGUUUUGGACCCCAGCCCCAGCAGCCCGUCAAAAAUGUGUAUGGAUCCUGGAUCACGACCUCUGAUAAUGUUGUUAGGACUGAGGAUGAACCAGUUCCGAUAGAACCUGUCCCUGUGGAUUGUAUACCCCUCCCUGGAGAAUGUGAGCUACCACCCGACCAGCCCUCGGACCAGCAACAGAAACCAAAGAAGGACAAGUUCAAAGAGAAAAAAGUUACCUCCCUUGGGGGAGCCGACGGAGAACCAGUUGCUUUUAAGAAAAGGAAAAUUGCAUCUGGAGCACGGAAUACACGACGUCGAGAUAAUGAUGAUUGAUGAUAGUGUUUGGAUAUUAGAAUGACUUAACCCUUUCACCACUGUAGACCAUAAUGGACUCCUCCAGAUCAAUGUAUGGAAGGGUCUACUAAAGUUACCUAGGUGUGAAAGGGUUAACGUGUUAGCACUUCAUGCAUACAGCAUGUAAAACGUUCUGUAAGCAACAGUUAUGUGUCUGAUUCCAUACUGUUGUAAUUUUGGAUGAUCAUAGCAGUAUUGGUGCCAGUUGUUUGAAAGUAAGGUGUCAAGCAUGCUAUAAAUCUUGUAUUUUAUAGAAACAUAAGAAAUCUUUCAGAUAACACUGGGUAGGUUUGUCCUUUUAUUUAUUGUCCUGUCUGUCUAGUUUGAAGAUGUGUUGAAUGUUCACACUUUCUAGCAUAUACACAUUUUUUAUAAUUCCUUUUUAGUCAAAUUAGUGUGUAAUUCUAACAGUGCAGUAUGGCUUCACACCAUGUGCUGGUGGGUGAAAACACAGUCAUGCAAUCGCGACUGAAAAUAAUUUCACUAGAACUGUUUUUAAUCUGUUAUCACAGAUGGAGUGCUAGAUAAUUACUGCAUUGUGUCCUCUGUGGUGUUGAGAAGCGUACCAUAGUCUUCAUUGAAGCAUGGUGAUCCAUGCUGUACCUAGGUAGCCUAGCUACACUAUGUAUUUUCCGGGACCAGACUGUCAUUGUGGUUAUACCCUCCGUUCAACUGUCCUGUACUCUCAUCAAGUGAAUGUUGCCAAAUCAGCAGUCAUGACCACAGACUACCGACUUUUAUCAUUUCAUUGUAGGUAAAAUUUGUGUUGCCGAAAAAAACUGUUGUUUCGAUUUAUUUUGUCAUCAAAUCUUUUAAUAGUGUGACCAUUUGGCUACUUGACGAUCUUUAAUGCAAGCCCUGCUCAAAGUGUCUCCUACUUCAUGUCUGGCAGAGGAUGCAGACCAGAUGUAUACCAUGUCCGUUGGCUAAUCAGUACAGAUGUUUUUUUGACUUGGAUCAAGGUCGUGACAAGGGGUCAAAGUGCAUAUUCUUCACUGGACUGUAACUUCUGAUCUCCACAACUUUUCAUUUUGAAGCUUAAUAGGUAUGUUGUGUUGAUGACUAGAUGAUGUGUCUUACUAAAAAAAAGAUGUCACAUAACGCUCUUUAUUUAUUUCAGAAUAUUUUCUUGUAUAAGUUUUACAUACAAAAGGAAUUGGGCAAUAGACAAAGGCUAUGAAAGCCCUCUAUACACAAUGAAAUAUGACAUUGUUUAUUUUAUUUUUUUGACAAAUUGCUACCAAUAUUAAUAAUUAGAAAAUAAUGAGGGUUGCCAGUUUGCCACAGAUUCAGUGAACCAGUCACAUGUGCACUGGUGGCUACAACUGUCUAUACACUGUAUAAUUGGAUAUAUGCAGACAGCUAUUAUUUAAUGGAAAUCAAACUAAUGUAUAAUUUUCUGAUAUUAUUUCUAAUUCGCAAAGGUUUAUAUUUACUUUUGGCACCAUGAUAUUUGAAACAUAGAUAUUGAAUAUCUUUUGGUAUUUCGGGGAAAAGACAUGUCAGAUUGAGUUGGGGAGUCGGGGGGGUCAGGGGGUUUGGGGGAGUCAGCCCCCUUCUUAAAGAAUAAUAAUUCUGAUACUAUACAUCUUAGAACCAUUUUGUGAAAUGACUGAUAAGCAAUGUCAUUUGCAUGUUUGCAGUCUGACCACGCCCCUCAGUAUGUAUUUUUUCAAGCAUUUUCAAAUAUAUGUUACUACAUAGCAUAUGAAUGAACACACACACACCACUCAUUCACUCAUGCACACCAUUUAUCAUCAU